AUGUAUUUCAGAGGUGCCAUCGCCGCCAGUCUGGCCACCACUGCCCUGGCCCAGGUGCAGCAGGGAUUCAACUACGGCGCCACGAACGAAGAUGGCUCUUGUAGAGGCUACGAUGACUUCCGGAGCUACUUCGAGACUGCAAAGAGCUUGGCUGGCGCGGGGUCAUUCACGUCGGCCCGCCUCUACACAUCGAUUCAGUGCGGUACGGUAAACGACCCGGUCUCGGCUUACCAAGCUGCCAUCGACACCGAUACAUCGAUCCUGGUCGGCUUGUGGGCCAGUGCCGGUCGUGGCAUUUACGAGAACGAGCUGAACUCGCUUCUUCGCGCGGCAGAGCAAUACGGCACGGCCUUCACCGACCGCGUCGUUGGCAUCUCUGUCGGCUCCGAGGACCUGUACCGAAGCAGCCCGGACGGCGUCGCCUCCAACGCUGGGGUCGGAGCUACUGGUGCGGAAAUUGAGGGAUACAUCGGAUGGCUCCGGGAUUGGAUCCGCGGCACUGCCUUGGAGGGCAAGCCCAUUGGCCAUGUCGACACUUGGACUGCCUGGGUUCGUGGCGAGAACGCCGGUGUCGCUGCUUCCGUCGACUGGCUCGGCCACAACUCGUUCCCCUACUUCGAGUCCACCAAGCCCAAUUCUAUUGAGCAGGCUCCCGACAACUUCUGGUCUGCAGUUGGCAACACCGAGAGUGUCGCAGGUGGCAAGCCUGUGUUCAUUACUGAGACAGGAUGGCCGCACAUUGGCCCUCAGCAAGGCGCUGCUGUCGCUUCUGUCGACAAUGCGCGCCAGUACUGGUCUCAAGUUGGCUGCGCUCUCUUCGGUCAGCGCAACGUCUGGUGGUACACUCUGCUUGACGCGAAUACCGCACAAACUGAUAUCUCGUUUGGUGUGACGCCAGCUGGCAGUUCGCACCCCGUCUUUGACUUAACCUGUUAA